UGUGGAAAUGGUUCAUGAAAGACAAAAAUUCCGUUGGAUUUUUGAUGAUUUUUCCGUGAACUGAUCAAAAUAUGGUUUCAAAAUGGACUCAGUUAUGGCCUUGACAUUGAAACAAAGAUGAUUGUGUGUGAACAAAAAGUGUUUUAAGCUUAUAUAGUGGGUUUUUCCGUACGAAGUUGCUGGCUUCUUGGGCGGAUUUUGCCAAAAUGGCCAGCAGCAAUGCAGGCCAAGAUGUACAUGCAGGUCAACAUGGGGAAGCCCAGGCAUUGCAAAAUCGAAAGCCUGACGAGCUACAGGCCGCGUUUGCGAUGUCCAUGUUGUCUUCUGGAACCGCACAUGUGGCCCAGUUAAAUGGUGGGGGAGAGGUGAGCAAAUCAGAUGUUGACAAACCUACAAGGAAACGAAAGGGGUCGUCAAACUCAAAGAAGCAGAAAAAGGGAAAGGAAGUACUGCAAUUGCAAGCAGGGAAGCAAGUUUCAGAUGUUCGGUACAAUGUCGGAAAUAUUGGGCCACACAAUUCGAGCAGGGAUGCAAAAAACCCAAACAUGCUUUUGAUCGAUCCAGCAGCUCUACAGGCACAAGUAAUUGCUGCCUCUAAAUCGGCCCCGGGUGAGGACCUUGAACACAGAAGUGGCAAUGCUGUGAACAUUAUGAAGGAAAAAACCGUAACGGUUCAAGUUAGUGAGGACAUGGGUGAGGACAAGGAACCAAAAAAACAUUCAAAAAGAACCAGUAAAAGUAAAACCGUUGCAGAAAUGUUGAAAACGCAGACUAAAUCUUCAGGACGACGGAAAAAGUCUUCAGAGUCAGCAGACACUGAAAUUGUUACCAAACCUAAGUCACCUCGAUCUCCGCGUCGAAAAUCGCCAGAGAGGAUGUAUGCUUCUAAAGAUGAUAACAAUCUUCCGCCCAAGAAGCGAAAGUUGGCAUAUUUUCGAGUGCACGAUCAAAGAAGUCCUGUUGGCGAUUCUGCAGAAGUACCAGAUGCAAAUGCAAAGCGGCCAUCAGUCGUUGUGCACACUAGCGGCACAAUAUCCCCGGAUAAGAAAAUAUCCGGUGGUCUUGCCCUUCUGAGUAAAGUUGUUGUUCAGAACUUUUCUGCCGAUAGACCAGUGAAAGAUGACACUGCACCUCCCAGGUCUAUAGUUCCACGAAGUAUUUUGCCAAUUCCUGCUGAGCUCAGACCAAGGGUUCCUGUCGUAGGACAAGUGAGGCCGUUUCUCCAAAGGUCGACAGGACCCCAGAUUGUUGGGGUACGACCGCAAAUGCAGACGUUCUUAGUUCAACUGCAGAAACUCCAGAUGAUGAAAACAAUGGAACAGGAAAAAAAGAAAAAAGAGGGCCUCGCUGGAGACAAACCCAACGGAAGUUCAUCAGGAACCAAUGUGGAUCCAACGAGCAGUUUCCUUAUGCUUAAAGAAUGCCAGAUGGCGCUGACACCCGAUGAAGACGGAGAUCUACCAAUUCACCUUGCCGUUGUCCAAGGUCACAUGAAGUUAAUUAUGAAGUUUAUCCAUUUGAUGAAGUCACAGAACAAAACGCUUGAUAUCUUCAACAGACUCAGACAGACACCGCUGCACCUUGCUGUGAUCACUGAAGCCCUGGAGAUCACCAGUUUGUUACUUGCCAAUUACUGCAACCCAAACAUUCAGGAUCGUAACGGACAGACCUGCGUUCACCUGGCGGUACAGAGGGACAACACACAGAUAUUACACACCAUGGUCAGGGAGGCGAAAACUGAGGUCAAGACGGGCUUGAGGAACUAUGAAGGAUUUUCUCCAGUCCAUAUUGCAGUUCAGAAUGAAAGCAAGGUUGCCAUUAAAAGUCUCAAAAAGCUGAGGUCAAACAUUGACUGUACGGAUGGCAAGAGCGGCCGGACCCCUCUGUUCCAUGCUGUUGAGUCAAACCUGUACGACAUAGCACAUGAGCUCCUUGAAUGUGGCGCCGAUCCAAAUAUCCAGAACUACGCCGGUUACACUGCGGCGUUUGCGGCAAAUAGUCGUGGUUAUCGACAGAUCUGCGUCUUGCUCGGUCUGUAUGGCGCCGAGGUGCCAUUCAAGAUGGAUUCAAUCGACCAGACUCCCAUCAAGCGUGAGCCCGGUGGUAAGGUUCCCGUGGUGAAGCAAGAAACAAUGUCCAGACUUGGAAAAUACAUCACGUCAAAAGACAAGAUUUCCGGCGGGAUUUAUGUACAGAAUGUUGAGGAGGAGGACGAAGGAAUCAGCUUUGAUGAGGCAAGGUCGGAAAAGGGAAAAAGAUUGGACAAAAAACAUGUGAAGUCAUCUCAGAAUGAGGUGGAUGUGAAAAUUUCCGUUUCUGUCCCGCAGAAUGUCAUGUCCGGUGGAAUGGUCAGUGUCAAUAAGAUGGAAUUAAAAACUGAGCCAAGUGAUUCAUGUCCGCCUUCACCAAUCAGUAUUCGGACUUUGUACAGCCAUAAUGGUGGAAAUGUGACGGUCAGUUCAGCCACCCAGCUUACGCCGUUAAAAAUGCCGAUAUUCUCUGCCAUGUCACCGAUGCCAGCUUUGAUGAACAGCCCGAUGCCAACGACACCAAUGUCUAUGUCGUCUGCUGCAAUGUCACCAUUUCUGCCAGGAACUCAGAUGUCACCAAUGAUGGGUGGGUUCCAGUUUCCCAUAACAAUUCCAACUGCAGUUGCAGAAGCAACACCACAGACUCCAGUGCCGUCUGAUAUUACGUCCCCUAAACCAGAACUGGCAGAACGAGGUAAUUCACCGAAUAAGUCGAAGCAGAGUUUCAUGCCAACGGUAGUGGAGGACCAUGGUAGCAAGCCGUUAGAUUUGACCCAGAGAGGACCUGAUGGGGGAGAUGAUGAACGCCAUUCUCCUCCUAGAUCAACAGCACCACAGAAUAAAAGCCAGGGUAGGAAAGAGGUAGUGGAAACACAGGAAAACAGUACAAAACUGGAAGGGGGCCCAGCAGUAAUGCCAAGGUUCAUUCCAAUGCAACAAGGUGGUGCAAGGUUCCCUGGUUUAACGCAGGUCUGGACUGACGGGCAGCAAAUGGCCUUAUCACCAGUAGUUUAUAGGCAGCCAUUUUACAUGCAUAUGCAAAGUCCUGUCAUGCCGGUCACAGGGGGGCCUCCAGUUGUUUUCCCGUCGCAAGGAAUGAUUAUGAUACCAAGCAGAGGUAGUCCAGCAAAUACAACCUUGACCUCAGCACAAGGUCAGCAGACGUUAACAAGCCAAGCCACUUCGUUAGAAAAAGAUUCCACGUCAGGAGAAGAUGUCAUAACUGGAACAGAGUCGUCAGACAAGGAAUCCAGCAACGUAAAAUACACAGAAGGACAAAAAACGUUGCCAUCUACUCGGCCGCAGAGGCUUGAGAUUCCACAGUACCGCCACAUCCGACCUCAGAUUGUUCCAUCACCGCUUGCCAUGACUGAACCACUUAAACAAAUGAACAAAACAGCUGUUUCGACUUCUGCUGAUAGUUCUGGAACUGGUCACUCAGACGUGCCAAUGAAAUCUAAUGUAGUCAUAAAAACAGAACCUGUAAGUCCAACAGACUCGAACACAAUACCAUUAGAGGCAAAAACAACUCCUUCACAGAUUUUGCAACAGUUGAACUCUCCAGUGUUUGCGCCGCAUGGAGGUCACAUGAUGGCAAGACAUCCAGGGUUGCCAAUGACAAUCCCAAGACCGGAUGGCUCUGGUAGCCCUAGGUUUCCGAUGCAGUGGCCACACUGGCGGAAUAGAAUGCCCAUGAUGGGACCACAAGUUAUGAAUAUGCCGAUGCAGCCUAUGCAUAGUCAAAUUCAGUUCCUGCAAAGAAUGCCUGGUUUCCCUCAAGGAUGUUUGCCCCAAGGUCAAGGUUAUUUAGCCCAAGGUCACUCACCUCAAGGUCAGGAGAUAAAGACAGAACCUGGGAUGUCCUCAACAUUGAAAAAGGUGCGAAAACGUAAGCACAAGGAAAAGAAAGGUGAGCCGCCGGCAUUGGAAGAUGGUGACAAAUCAGGAGAGACCCUAAUUGCAAGAAACAUAACAUCAGAAGAGGGCGCUGGCACAGGUGGAGGGGACAAGCGACCCUCCAUUCAUGUUAAGAAAAAGCGGAAACGCAAAAAGAAACAUUCUACUGGAGAUGAGUCAAAAGUUUCCGACACCCCUAAAAGCAUUUUCGAAGCUCAACCCACUUUUCAACAAGGGCCAGCACAACCAAUCUAUUAUAUGCCAAUGCCAACUUCAACAGCUGGUUCAGAUAUCCCGUCAGUUGUUGGUGCCCUUUCUGAACCCACUUUGCGCCCGAUGCAAGGGCAGAUCUUGAUUGCUCCCAAGCCACCGCCUAUGAUGCAGGUCUCAUCAGGAAUGAGGUUCAGCCCGGCUGAGCUUAAUGUACCCAAUGUGAGCGUACCAUCGACUGUGGGUUCUUUUGAAGACUCAAAUAAGAGGGCAGCUGUGGAGUCAAUGAAGGAGAAUAUCACAAAUAGUAUGGUUAAAGUCACGACAGCAGCAUCUCCAAAACCAGAAGAAGUCAGGGUAACCAAAUAUUCUGUGGAUGAUUCAACAACUAAACCUGAUUCGGACUUGAGCUCGGGCACACAGGAAGGAAGUGAAAGUUCGCAGAAGGCUGUGACAAGUGUAACAUUAGGUGAUGCAGUGACUGGCAGUCUACCGUCUUCUGUGACCAUACAAACUAUUGAUAUCACCACAAGCAAGGAGAAAAACAAAGCCGCCAAGAAUGGCACCAGAGCAACCAAAGAUGGUGCCAUGGCAACAAACGAUGAAACCAAAAGACAAGAGGUUAUGAGUCGUAAAAGUCUUUUCAAUCGGGAAUUGAAUAAAUGGGUGGAGCUUCCAUCUGGAUCUAAGACAUCGUCAGCAUUCAUUGAGGAAUACAAAUCGCGGAAACGAAAUCCCAGCCCAGUUUCUGCAAAGGGAGAAACAGUCUCUGGGGAUCAGUUGGAUGCAGAUUUAAAACUGGUCGACUGUGAUCAUGAGAAAACAACAUCAUUAGAUGAUGCUGUGAUACAAUUCUCUGCUUUGAAUAAAAGGCCUGAAAAAUACUCCGGUGCUGAUGAUACUAAACUGGGAGAUGGUGAGGGGGAUGUACCGGCUAAAAGAGUUGCUGGGAAAGACUCUGGUGUUGAGAUAGGUAAUUUGUGUCUUGGGGAACAAAGAGAAACCGUGUCGUCUGCAGAACCAAGUAUUGGUAAAGAAACUGUGUCAUCAGGUACAAAAGAAACUAUUACAUCUGAUGGUAAAGAAAUUGUUAUGGCUGCUGAGAAAGAAACUGAAACAUCUGGUACAAAAAGAGUUGUUCCGUCUGAAGAAAAAGCUGAUGCUAAAAAAGCUGUUGCUGGGCCUACUGUCACAUCUGGUGCUGAUGAAACCAUUUCAUCUGGCACAACAAAUAGUGCUGUUUCGCCGGUAGUUAAAGAUGUCAUUACUUCUGUCACAAACGACAAGGUGGAAGUGAAAAAAUCCAAAAGGACACCAAUGUGUAAAACAAGUUUAGAAAAGCUUCAAAUGGUAAUUGAUUCGGUAGGCAGUGGAGAAUGUAAAGAGGAGCCGCCCCGAGUGCUGGGCGAGGAGAAAUCAGGUGCGACGCCAGAACUUCACCAAGAGGCCCCAGGUCCAGUUCUGGAGGAGGAACAAGAUAAGACAGAGGAAACACCAACUCCGAGUGAAAGUAAAAUCGAAAAAGGAAUUCUUCGCCUUGAUUCGGGUGACUCUGUAGAAAUUGAGAACGGUUCAGGAGCCAAAUUGUUUGAAUCUGAAGAAAACACCGAUAGAUGUAGUCAUCCUCUUCAAACUCCAGAUGAUGCUUGCAUUACGCCGAGCAAACCUGUUGUUGUUAGGUCAGGGUCGAUGGGGGAGCCACCGGUACUGUUACCAGAGACUGAAAUGGUGCUGGCGGUCAAAGUGAGACAAUCCAGUGAACUUUCCCCCAUCCGAGAAAACCCUAUUCCGCCUGAAAUGGAAUUUGAGAGUCCUCCAAAACUCGAGCCAGAGACAGAUAUAUCGGUACGCGAUCUUCCUGCGAGGGAUGCUGACUUAUUUGAUGAUGGGUCACCGAGUUCAGAUGACUGUGUUAUACUUGGCGCGCGGCCUUUGACACCUAGGGUUUUGUUGACCCCCUUGAAAGGAUCCUUGGAGAAACCACCCACUCUUGAAGUAGAGGCUGAAAAUGCAAGAAAUGUGUCUAAAAGUCAAAAUGUGCCAUUAUCAAUCAAGAACUUAGAUACUGUUUUCGAUUCUCAUGAGGUGCUUCAGGUAUCAGAUGCACAGGUGAUUACACCAAUUUUUUUAGAUAUACAUGUACCAUCACAGAAAGGGGAUGUUGUUUCUGAAAAAUCGGAAAAACCUGAGUCAGCAAAAGAGACUGUGAAAAUGACAUCCAGUUCUGAUGACAUUCCUGAAACAGAUUUGGCGCAGAGUGAUGCAGCGUCGGUUGAAUUGGGACUGAGCGAUACAGGGUCUGUUCAAUUGUUUCGGAGUGAGACCGCAUCUCCUGAACGUGAGCAGAGUGACGUGACAUCAGUUGAACUGGAACAGAGUGAUACAGGGUCUUUUGAAUUGUCUCUGAAUGAUUCAGUAGUUGUUGAAUUGGUGCCGAGCGAAACUGCUCCUGUUGGUUUGACACAUUCUGUGACAUCAUCUGUCGAUUUGGCUCUGAGUGACACAGCAUCUGUGGAGUUGACCCAGAGUGAUACAGACUCACCUCGGGCUGCUGUAAGUUCCCAAUGUCCUGCGAUAGAAUCCUCUACAAGUCUUACUCCAGUCGGAGCAACAAAUUCAAAUGACACUGACAUAGAACAGAAAAGAACUAAAAAAGAAGUGCGAGCACCAAGGAACAUUUUUGACGAUUUGAAAAAGUUGUCCGAUUCACCGGAUACGUCUGACUCUGAAAGAAUAGAUAAAACAGCCAAAUAUGAACCAGUUUCUAACUCCAGUGGUUCAACAGUGACACUGACUGGCUCCUUGUCUCGUAGUGUUGAUAGUAUUGCUGAGACUGCUACCAAUGAACCAGUUGCUGCCCCGAGUCUCACAUCAGUGACACUAACUGGGUCCUUAUCUAGUGGUACUGGAGAAAAAAGUGGGCCUACUACAUCGGGUGGCUCUGUGACACUAACUGGGUCCUUAUCUAAUAGUACUACAGUAACAAUUACUAAUGAGGAGCAAGCGGCAUUGGGGCGAGAUUCGAAAAUUUCUGACUCCGAGGAGGAUGACAAUUCGAGCUUUGAACUUGAAAUGGGUGAGGUUGUAUCGGUCAGGAGUAAACAACCAGCCGUACUUGCUAGGGGGUCUUCACUGCUCGAAAACAUAAUUGACUCGGUAGGGAUUGAGAAAGGUAUGCCAGGAUCAGAUAUCAGUCGGCAAGCUGGCAGUGUGCAAAAUAUAGUGUCGGGGUUGCUCAGUGAUCCAAUGUUGGCAUCGUCACCAGUAGCAACAGAGGACUGGCCUUCAUCAAAACCUGGGGUUUUAGACCCACAGUUUGAGAUAUCAGAUGAUUCAAGUGUUGAGUUGCCUGGGAUUGAAAGCGAUGGGGCCGUCUUGAAACAUGUUCCUAUGGCAGAGGUGCUCAAAUUGAAAGUUAGUUUACCAGAAUCUGGUAAAUGGAGAGGGGAUUCUAAAACGGAGACAACAUUAAAAAAAUCAGUUGUGCCCGAGUCCACGACUCGGUUCAAAAGUUCAACACCAGGGUAUAUUCCUGAUUUACCAUCUUGGUCUAAAGACUUAUCAAUCAGGGGUGCUGUUUCUAACGUGAGGACUACGGUAAACCAGAGCGACAAACUUGAGGGAGCUCCGUGUCGUUCAUCUGUGCCAUCCGUCCUGGACAAUUUAACUGAGUCUGAGGUACCCCAAGGAGCUCCGAAACCACCACAGUAUGGCGGUAUGAUUCCAACUGUUGUCGAUGAUUAACUUCUGCCCAGUUCUUGACCAAAAUCAGUGUCCUUAAUGGAAUGGAUGCCAAUGUCCUGAUAACGUAGGUGAAGGAGGUUCCACUGUAGAUACAUUUACAGCUCAGAUCUGUAUAGAGGGGGCGAAGAUACUUCCUUCGAAUGAUGAUUGAAUUUUUACAAAAUUAUUAUUUAUGAAAUGAAAAUAUGUUUACCUAGUAUGGUAUAAAGGAGGUUAUUUUGGUGUCGUACAUAUUACCAACAACUGCAGACAAGUAAAGGACAUCUUCAGCUGAGCGCUAGGCCCUUGGGCCUCUUGUUUAAAUCAAAAUGAGCAUAGAUGUAUGCUCUUUGCCCUUGCCUUCCAUUGCUGAAACUUUGAAGGCAUUAGCGUGCAGCCAUCCAAACAAGUUUUGAUGCCGAAAACAUACACAAACCUCUUCUCUGCGGUUGUUGGUAUUAGUGCCACCAGUUACUUGAGCUGCUGUGCGAAGGUAUUAGUCUGGCUGAAGGUCAUAGAAUUGGUGGGUGUGCCUUCAGGUUAAUCAUAUUAUAGCCAUGUUAGUGGUGAAUGUGCAAUGAUUUCAAUUUUGUUGAUGUAGAGAAAAUAGUUUAUUCAGUAAGACCAUGCCUGAAACAUGUACUUGGGGCUCAAAUAAGAAGUCAUUGGCUGUUUACUUGACCCUUUGAACUUGAACUCAAUUUCGUGUUCAAAUCAUGUCGACAGUGAGGCUGUAAUGCAAAUAUAAUGGUUGUGUCCAGUGGGGUGGUUCCACUGUUUAUCAAGUUUUGAAAAUGACGAUCAAAUGCCGAUUCUCCCCCUGUCUGUUAUCUUCACUGCUACAUGUGCUAGGGCAUUUCACUAGAUAUGUCGUUCCUUUUUGUUAUUGAUUCAUGUUAUUUUCUUGUCCAUUCACACCAAGCCAUGCUGGAUAGUUGGUUUCAUGCAGACUGAGUUGGUUCUUUGUGUUGUUUGUCACUCAGCUUUUGAAAUUUGGUAGAACCUUUUUAUUGAGGACACCCUUGUGACUGACAAAUGCUGUCCUUGAUAGAAAGUGUCCUGGUUGGAGAGGUUGAAUGGAAUACUAAUGGUGUAGCUUCCUCUGUUCCAGACAAGCUCUAUUUGUCCAUGGGGGGUGGUGUAGCAUGGUAGGGGCUCCUUAAUGUACAUGUAGAUGUAUAACCCUGUAAGGAGGUUUUCUUUGCCUUGCGAUUGGUGCUGAUAUCCCCAUCACGGAUGUUAUGCAAGUAUCAAUUCGUGUCUUGUACCCCCCCUCCUCAAGGGUACGACACCUUAUCACCCUAUAACGACAUCUUAAGGCUCAAGCAUCACCCUUUUUUCACCAAUGCUACUUUUUCUUUCGUCAAGACAUCACCAUCAACAAUAUAUCAGUUAUCACCGUCAUAUAAAGUAACCGAACUAAUUUUACUGGGUAAGGCUGUAUGUUCGACAAGACAUCGACACAUUAGCAUCCUUAUUCUUUCCAGCUUCGCCAAAUUUUCACUAAAGGAAAAAUAAAUACUACUCAAGCAUCGGCAAAGAUUAGUGGUGAUAGCUUAACUACCCUUGAGGAGGGGGGGGGGGUACAAGAAAUGAAUUGAUACUUGCAUUAAUCCAUGUUGGGUGUAGGUAGUCGGUGGAAUUCAGCUUGAUGAAGAAGGACCUUAGUUGUUAAUACAGACUUUCUUAAAGGAGGAAGAGGAGGGUGAGUUUCGGUCGGGCCAUCACGGAUUUCUACUUACAGUUUUACCUACAUAAUUUCUGUGUACGGAUGGGCUAAUGAUAUUGGGAUCUAUUAGAAAAUGGAUCCACAAACUGUUUAUGUACACUUUAGGAUCUAUAUGUGAUAGCCGGGAGUAGCUCAUGCUUCAUUGAUCCCCUUUAAGAUUGCGCAAAUAUGAUCAGAUUUAUUAUCAAAUGUUUGGAAUCCCAUGCCAUAUUGUGUUAGAUGAAUAAAAAUAAUAUACUGACAUUA